AUGGUCGGCACUAGAAAUGUUGCCUCGUUCGGCGUCAAGAGAAGCAAGAGCAAUGGCAAUGGCCGUCCAGACCAGCCAGAUGUCGAAAGUGGUCUGAAUGGCAGAAAGAAACCGAACAUGUUCAGAUUCAGAGAUGCUGCCCGUACCGCUCUGCAUGACCAAAGAAGAGAGGACCUCAAGAAAAAGAUCUUGGACGGUGUCGAGAGUGUAGACAUUGAGAGGUUCAGAAAAUCCGAAGAUGAGCUCAAGGAGAUCAAGGACAAGAAAAACAAUCGUCUUGAUGACUGGGCUGAAGUCGAUGCUCUGGUCAAGGCAUUGGCUGAUGACGUUCUAGACAGUAUGAACCCAGACGCAGACGGUGAUGGCCAGAACGAACGCCAUGGAGGUCUGCAAGAUGCCGAUGGCGCCAUCUGGGAGUUCCUCCCCGACGAUGUCAAGGAGCACAGACAAAAGGCAGAGAAGAAGGCCAAGUGGGCUAUCAACAUAAAUGUCAUUGCCAACAUCCUGCUCCUGAUCGCUAAGCUUGCCGCUGCUUUCUACUCGUCCUCCCUCUCUCUGAUCGCCUCACUCGUCGACUCGGCUCUAGACUUGUUAUGUACUCUUAUUGUCUGGAGCACCAACAAACUCGUACAAUGGCGCCUCAAAGCACUUCGAAAGCGUUUCCCUGUCGGCCGUCGUCGUCUUGAACCCCUCGGUAUUCUCGUUUUCUCUAUCAUCAUGGUCAUCUCCUUCCUCCAGAUUCUGCAAGAGUCGGUACAAAAGCUCAUGCCUGAUGCGCCCCACAAGGCCAAGGAGUUGCCUGCUAUCGCUAUCGGCGCCAUGCUGGCCACCAUCAUUGUCAAGGGUAUCAUCGGUCUGGGAUGUGUCCGUAUCAAGACCACCCAAGUGCAAGCUCUGGCUCAAGACUGCAAGACUGACGUCGUCUUCAACACUCUCUCCCUCCUGUUCCCUUUCAUCGGCUACAAGGCAAACCUGUGGUGGCUGGACCCCGCAGGUGCCGGUGUCCUAUCACUUUUCAUUAUCUACGAUUGGGCAGGUACCUGCUUCGAAAACGUUACCAGACUUUCCGGCCAAGCAGCCGACGAGCAGCUGCAGAAGAAAUUGCUGUAUCUUUGCUACCGUUUCUCGCCUGUUGUCGAUGGCUUCAAGAGCAUCACCAGUUACCACGCCGGCGACGGUAUCUGGGUCGAGAUCGAUAUCCUCCUCAGCGACCAGGCUAAGUUGCACAGCACCCACGACAUUGCAGAGACUAUCCAGUACACCUGCGAGGGCUUGACAGAGGUCGAUCGUUGCUUUGUCACUUACACUUCUUCUGGCCCAAGUGGUCACGCUGCCGACUCGGAAAGAGUUUAA